AUGAGUUUUUCCGAAGUGCCGUUCUUCUACGUUUCGGGACCUUUGAUCCGGACAAUUGGACCGAGAAACGUAGUGGCCCUGUCCCAGAUUGGAUACAUCGUGCGGUUAAUCUACUACUCGAAGACGUCGUCAGUGACUAACCCUUUGACCGGUCUUCGCCACCUUCAGGUUCUGUCGGACCCAUGGUGGGUACUUCCGGCGGAACUUUUUCAUGGCCUAACGUUUGCUGCUAUGUGGUCAGCCACGACCGACUAUGCCCACGGGAUUGCGCCAGCACAUUUGCGCACGACGAUGCAAGCUUCGGUCGGGGGCCUCAAGCGCGGGUUGGGGUACGGCUUAGGGGCCAUCGUCGGUGGAGUCUCGUACGCCAAUCUCGGCCCGAGGCGGUGUUUUCUAGCCACCGCCGCUCUGCCCGCUUUGUCCCUCCUGUUUCUUGUCAUUCUUCCCCGGAUCAACAUCGUUGGAGGCUUGCGGAAGCAGGGGGCGGGCAAAGAGGGGCUGGAACACUGGGAAGCAACAGAUUGUCACGAGGCCGGCAAGAUUUGUGCCAGCGGCGAAUUCGAGCACAAGAACAUGGACGGUGUCGAGAUCAGACAAGAAUAA